CGACAGCGCCAUAUGCUGCUGCAGGUGUCCAAUUCACAUGGGAUUCAAUUGUUGGGUGUGCUUAGAUCUUUCCGGGAGCAAGGUCUGCUAUUUGACUUUACCAUAAAAGUCCAGGAUCACAUUUUUCCUUGUCAUCGCUGUGUUCUUGCAGCAUGCAGUGAUUUCUUCAGGGCCAUGUUUGAGGCUGCUAUGCGAGAACGUGAUGAUGGUUCAGUCACAUUGUGUAACCAGUUUCCAGAUGUGGUGGAAUCCUUUCUGGAUUUUGCCUACUCUGGCGAGAUUCUUAUCACGGAUGAAAAUGUAGACUCACUGUUCCAGCUUGCCUCAUUUUUGCAGGUGUCUGUUCUGUCGAGAGCCUGCAGUGACUACUUGUUAGGAACGAUAAAUCUUGGUAACUGCUUGUCACUCUUGGCACUUGCCGAGGCUUAUGGCUCAAUCUCCCUCCUCCAAAGUGCCACCGACUUUGUGGUUCAGAACUUCCAAGACUUUGCCAACACCCAUGACUUCCUGGACAUGCAGGUGAAUGUGUUGGAAGAAUGCCUAAGGUCAGAUGACCUCUGUGUAACCAGUGAGGAGGCAGUGGUCAAGUCACUUCUGAAGUGGACCCGCCAAGAUCUUCCUGGAAGACAAAAGCUGCUACCCAAAUUGUUCUCUUUAAUAAGACUUCAUCAUCUACCUCCACAUUCACUAAAGACUCUUCAUGAUUCAGAUCUGCUGAGCACCAAUCAUUCCUGUAUGGCUCUCAUCUCAGAAGCUCAGGGCAAACAGAGUCAGCACAGUGGGCUUUUCACUGAUGCCAGGCCCGCCACCACGGAGAGCUACAUUUAUAUCCACAAGACGGAGGAGAACGGUGUGAUCUGCCACUCUUUCUGCUACUGUCUGGAAACAGACAAGUGGAAAGAACUUGGAAUGGACCAAGGGGAUGGAAUGAGCACAGUGCCAGAUCCACCAGGCUCCUAUCUGACUAGCUAUGCUGAGAAGAUGUUUGUCACGGGCGGUUGCCUUGGAAACUGUUGCCGGGCUGUACGCAUCCAUGUGGCAGAGUCUUUCCAUGAUGCUACCGAUUUGGUGUGGUGCUUCUCGCCUGUAACAAGAACCUGCACACCUGCUCCGGCGAUGCUGAAACCUCGAACCAUGCACACAGCAGUGGUCUGUCUGGACCGAGUGUAUGUCAUUGGGGGGCGGACGAAGGGAUCCAGAGGGACUGCUCCUAGUCUACUGGAGGUGGAAUAUUACAACCCGUUGGCUGAGAACUGGGUGUCGGUCAGUCCCCUGCCCACUGCCAUCUUCUAUCCUGAAGCCAGUGCUUGUGGCAGUAUUAUCUACACCCUGGGAUCAGAGGUGGAAAUAACAGAGUCAUUCAACCCCUCAUUGGACUGUUUCUUCAGCUAUGAUGCCCAACAGGACCAGUGGUGUCGACUGGUGGCAGAGUUUGGCCAGUUUUUCCAUGCGACACUCGUCAAGGCAGUGUCAAUUCAUAAAACACUGCACCUAUGCGACCUGUCCACUUACAAGGUGUACAGUUUCUGCCCAGAGACAGGUGUGUGGAAAGGAGAAGGCUCAUUUGAGUGUGCAGGGUUCAAUGCUGGAGCAGUUGGUGUGAAAGACAAAAUUUACAUCUUAGGUGGAGACUAUUCCCCUGAUGAGAUUACAGAUGAAGUCCAGGUAUACCACAGCGACAGGAGUCAAUGGGAAGAAGCAGCGCCAAUGCCCAGAGCUCUGACAGAAUUCCACUGUCAAGUCAUCAGCUUCAACAGGCACACAAACCCAUGGAGUGACAUAGAAUGA